AUGAUCUAAUUAGUUCUACAAUUGAAUUUAAUUAAACUAAAUAGAAGAAGCUCUCACUCUUUUAGCAGAUCAAGAUCUUCAAGCAGCCAUUCAUCAGGUAGUAAUUAUUACCUAAAUAAAAAUUUUUAAUUAUCGAAACAUUUUUCAUAAUUUAAUUGUUCAAUUUUUAUUUGUUCUUUAGAACUUCGAGAAGAAAAGAUAGAAGCAGAAGCGAAAGUAGAAGAGGGAUUAUAAGAAGCAGCAAAAGUGGUUGUCGAAAAAAUAGUAGAAAGAGGGAUGGAAAAAACUAACAGCUCAUAUAGGAGAAGAAAAAUAUCUGAGUCAUAAAGAAAAAAAUCCACUAAAAAUGACAGAAACCCUAAGAAGGCAGCCCUAGUAAAGAUAAGAAAUCAGAAAAUUAAAAAAGAAAGGAUUCUAGUCUAUCUCCUAAAAAAUAAACCAGCUAGGGAAUAGUAAAAAUUACAUUUGUUUAUUAAAAAAAUAAUAACUGAAAGUAUCAAUCAAUUUUAUAAGAAUCUCAUUAAAAAGAUUAAGAUAUUUAAAAUAAAGAAAGCACUCAAAUGGGGAGAAAGAAUCUACCUCGAAUAAUCGUAACAGUAAUAAGAAGAAAAGUGA